AUGAAGCUCCCUUCGUGGAUCCCUCGGAAUCAGUUCGAGGGCAUUUCUUAUCGUUUUAGCCAGCCAUCGGACCAAACAGAUCAUGAGAAAGCGCCGGGCGAAGCGCUUGAAACGCCUUUACCUUUCGUGACCUGGAGGUCCUUGCUCCUGGGCACAUUUGUCUCCAUAGGGAGAAUGAUUUUCGGUUACGGCACUGGCCAGAUUUCUGGCUUUCUGGAAAUGGACAAUUUCAGGAGACGAUUUGGCCAGGUGCAGCCCGAUGGAACGUACGGGUUCAGUAAUGUCCGGUCCGGUCUGAUUGUUUCCAUGCUGUCCAUCGCACCUUGCCGUAAAUGCUCAAUUGCCUUCUGGUGCAUUAUUCUCCACGUAGGCGUUAUCAUACAGAUCUCGUCGUCUACCCCUAAAUGGUACCAAGUGAUGAUGGGCCGUUUUGUUACGGGCUUUGACGUGGGAUCAUGCGCCUUACUUGUCCCCAUGUAUCAAGGCGAGAGCGCUCCCCGACAAGUUCGUGGGGCCAUGAUCUGCUCCUACCAAUUAUUCGUCAUCCUGGGCAUUUUGGUCGCCUACUGCAUCAACUACGGCACCGAGAGCAUCAGCAACUCCUGGCGCAUUCCGCUCGGUAUCACUUUCCUCUGGGGCCUGCUCCUUGGGAUAGGCAUCAUAUUGUUUCCGGAAAGCCCUCGCUAUGAUUAUCGCCAUGGACGCAUUGACCAAGCGAAGAAGACCAUGUCUAGGCUUUAUGGGGUCCCCGAACAUCACCGAGCAAAUGGCCCUCGAAUGCCCUAUCGUAUCGCCCUUGGAGUCGCAUUGCAAGCCUUUCAACAGCUGACGGGUGCCAAUUACUUUUUCUACUAUGGAACCGUUGUGUUCAACGGAGCUGGCAUAAGUAAUACAUAUGUCACACAAAUGAUCCUGGGUGGCGUCAAUUUCGGCACUACGUUUGGUGGGUUCUACGUCAUUGAACAUUCUGGACGGCGCAAGUCACUUAUUACUGGCGGGAUGUGGAUGUUUGUCUGCUUCAUGGUUUUUGCCUCUGUUGGGCACUUUUCCUUGGACGUUAAGAAUCCUCCCGCAACCCCGGGUGCGGGAAAGACAAUGGUAGUCUCUGCCUUCCUGUUCAUUACCGGCUUUGCGUGCACCUGGGGCCCACAGGUGUGGGCGAUAGUCGCGGAGCUGUAUCCAUCCCGCUACCGUGCUCGGGCAAUGGCAAUGGACACGGCUUCAAACUGGCUGUGGAACUUCUUGAUUGGCUUCUUCACCCCGUUCAUCACGGGCGACAUUGACUUUGCCUAUGGGUAUGUCUUUGCUGGGUGUCUGUUUGUCGCGGUCCUGGUCGUCUACUUCUUCGUCUUGGAAGGCAAGGGAAAAAUGUUGGAGGAAAUGGACAUGAUGUACGUUAUGCGCGUACCUCUCUGGAAAAGCAGCAAAUGGGUGCCUCCACCCCCGGAACAGCGCAUUACGACCGGACAUGUACUUGACCAGAGAAUGGCUCAGAGUUACGCGGAUGAGGGUGAUGAAGCCGUCAAGGCGGAAGCUGGAGGGGGUGCUGAGCAUCAGCAUAGUGACAACAAUGCUCCCGGGCAGUCGGCCACCUAA